CAUUCUUUCCCCUCUCUUAUUUCUUCCCCAUCGUUUCUUCUUCCUUUUCCUUUCUUUCUCUCUCUCUUUCUCUUUCUACCUCCAUUCUUUCCCGCUCUUAUUUCUUCCCCAAACCCAUCUCUUAGAACCCUAAGCCCCAAAUUCACGGCAACAAGAAAGGCAAGUCGGCUCCUUCUUUUCAGGUACCCAAACAAAUUUAUGAUUUUGCAGUUAUUGUAUUCAAGAAAUAAAGCAGACAGAUGAGUUCUACUGUAAUACCUACAAUUUUCCUUAGUUUUUGAGUAAAGAUCUGAGAAGCAAAUGUUUUAUCAGUACUUGGUCUUCGUGCUGCAACAGAGUGAAGGUUUGAUGCAGUCCUUGGAGUUGAGCUCAUCGGCUCGAGUAUUAAUAGGCCUGGCAACGAGUAUUAAUUUUUUUAAUUUUAAGAAUCCGUCAAUUGAUCAAAAUUAAUUGAUAUAUAUAUUAAUAAAUAUAUAUUAUUAUAAAUUUUCCACGUGUCAUUUCACGCCCACGCCCAACAGCGAGCAACGUACGUGGGAAGAAUUAGGAAACUCGGUGGCAGUCUCGUAAAUUUCGGAAAAAACUGGCCUAAUUCAUAAACACAAUUCUCAAUAUUUCUGUUUUCGCGCUUCUUUGCCUUUCCCGCGCCUCCCAACAUAUACAUUUAUACAGAAUGGUAGAGGGGCACCCUAUUCACACCCCACUCCCACCCACCUCGCCCGUAUAUAGACACAGCAGAGUUAUUACUGCUUGUUACAGCCAAAUCGAAGAGUGUAGAAGGACUAGGAAGAGGAAAUGUUCUAUUCGCAUACGUUCUUGGCAAGGAAAGGUCCUUUGGGGACUGUUUGGUGUGCAGCACAUUUGCAACACAAGCUCAAGAAGUCUCAUUACGUUUCAACCAAUGUGCCCUCCACCGUCGAACGAAUUAUGUACCCUGAAGUGCCUAUUGCGCUGAGAAUGUCGGGACACCUUCUGCUUGGAGUUGUGCGGAUAUACUCAAAACAAGUUGACUAUCUCUACGAAGACUGCAAUGGUGUACGGAAUACAAUAAACCGUGUCUUUACUUCUGUGAAUGUCAAUCUUCCUGAUGAUGCAAAACAUGCGCCAUUUCAUGCCAUCACUUUACCAGAAAAGUUUGAGCUUGAUUCCUUGGAAUUGGAUGAUUACGAUAAGGACUUGUGUGAGGAUUCUUAUCUCAAGAGCAAGGAUGAGAUUACUUUGUCAGAGCAAAUUCCAACUGGACAAGAUCAAUAUGUUGUCAUCCGAGUUGAUGAGUAUGAUUUUAGGGCUUCGUCGUUCAUGGAAGAUAAUUCAAGAUCUGGGCCAGUGCCAAUGGAGGAAGAUAUUCCUCUUCCUGUUGAAGUGGAUUCAACUGCUGGUUCUGAGAAUCCUUCGCCUCCUAAUCAGUUAGCAGCUGAUGAUGGAAAUAUCGGAAAUAGCAGUCCGCAAGAUUUACCUAGUAUUGAAAUCAUGCGUGAUGCUAGACAUGGUUUUGAUUUCAACAAUUCACCAAUAUUGCCUGAUCGUGUUGACCCCGACAAAUUCCUGGAAGAGCAAAUCAUUAAAGAUAAGGUGAACUGCACUCCAGUUACAGAAGAAGUAUUGUUGCCUGAUGACCGCUUUUCUUCACCCCAGAAUCAUGAAGAACAACAUUCUCUAAGGCACUUGGAUUCUCCAAUGCUUUUUGUUCACCAGUCACCUGAAAUGGAAAUCCAACCAACCCCACCUGUUGCACAACGAAUUGUUAGAAAAAGGAAGAGAAAGCAGUAUUUUGACAAGUCUCCUGUAUUGAGCAACAAACAUGUGAAAAAAGCACUAGAUGACACCAACGACACCCGCCGGAAUAGGAGGAACUGUCCUUUAUCUUCUCUUGCGAUCUUCAAACAAAACAUGAGGUUGCAAUUAAAAAAGAAUGGUCUCCCUCGUCAGCCCUAUGUAACUGGAUGUUGUCCUGCACUGUUGAGUUUAUACGAGGAAGGCAACAUCUCUGUUCAUCAUAUGGUUACUACAGAAAAAACACCCCAAGAGAUGAGUGCUGAUCAGGCCCUUUCACCUAGUCAUGAUCGUGAUAGAGAGAUUGAAGUUCUUCGCAAUAAUGAGGGCGCUUCACCAGAUAGAUUUAUGCCUUCUUUCUCCAUGGCCGUGCCUUCUCCACAUGGGAGGAGCUAUCUCACUCCUGAAAACUCCAGUUUUGGUUUGCAAUCAGAAUGUCUUGAAACAACUGAAGGGGAUCGUGUAUUACCUACUUCAGAUGUGGGAACAUCUCCUCGGGAUAUAGACUCAGAAAUGAGAACCCCAGAUACAUUCUAUGGGAAGGGGUUGCCUGAGCGCACAGCCCUUUCUGACAUUCCUGAGCUGGCGUCUUCUGCAGAAGAGCUUGGGUUUCUAGAACAAGAUGACAAUUCUCCUGCUGGAUCUCAAGGAACACCAGAAUUUGGCAUCUUCUCAUAUAACCAAGGGACCCCGGAAUUGCAAGCAUUAUCUUCAAGAACAAGGGCUGUGGCUCAGUACUUGAAAAAGCAGUCCUCUAUAACCCCUACCUCAGGGAACUCACAAGAAUCGUCGGAAGAUCUCAGCUUGAACAAGAUUCUUGAAGGCAAACCCAAAAAAAUAUGCGCUCGGAUGUUUUAUGAGACCCUGGUUCUGAAGAAUUAUGGGCUUGUAGAUGUACAUCAAGAGAAUCCAUAUGAUGAUGUCAGUCUGAAGGUUACUCCUAAGCUCUCCAAGGGACAAUACUCCGGUUGAAAACAUGUGAUAGUUAUUCAUGUAAAUAGUGCAGGUGGAUUUAAACACAACAGGGUUGCAAUAAUCUCAUGUCAGAUGGAUAUCUGAAGAAUUUCUCCUAAAUUUUCGUUCUUGUGGUUGCAGGUGAUUCUUGAAUCUUGCAAGCCUGUUGCAUAGUAGGUUUUUCCUCUAUAGUGAGGACAGAAGAGGCUGUUGAGUUAUAGGAUACUGUUCAUAGGAAUUGUUUAUUUAUUUAUUUUUUAAACCACAGGUUGAGAUGAGUAUAACAUGUCUCAGCCAUUCUCAUGGACUUCUCUUUUGGUACUGUACAAAUUUUUAUAUUAUGGAUUUUUUUAUUAGAAAUUAUGUUUCUUGGUAGACUAUGUUAUCAGACAACAGCCAGUUAUUAGCGAGCUAUUUCUAUUAAGGAAGAUAUAACUGAUAUGA